AUGAUAAAUCUUGCACAAUACAUACGUGGCAGUCGUUACGACUUUGACGAAUGGGCUGCAAAUGGUUGUGAAGGUUGGAGCUAUAAAGAUAUCUUGCCGUACUUUUUAAAAGCAGAAGAUAUCCAUAUUGAAGAACUGAAGUCUUCAAAAUAUCAUAACAUGGGUGGCCCAAUGGCAGUAUCUGGAAGUAGAGUGACACAACUGGCAGACUUGUAUAUGAAAGCUGGACAGGAGCUUGGAUAUAACAUCACUGAUUACAACGGAGGCGAACAAAUAGGUUUUAACCGAAUGCAACUUAAUACCCGGAAGGGUGUAAGAGAGUCGUCUGCUGUUGCUUACCUUGGACGUGCCGGUAAAAAAGAUAACCUUGACAUUGCAGUAAAUUCUUUUGUAACAAAGGUUGGUUUUCAAGGGAAGACAGCUACUGGCGUUUAUUAUAUCCGUAACAAUAGAAAAUAUUUUGUUAGUGCUAAAAAGGAAGUGAUAUUGUCUGCAGGAUCGGUGAACACACCACAAUUACUUAUGCUCUCGGGUAUCGGGCCGAAAGAACAUCUUGAAGAAAUGAAUAUUCCUGCAGUUGCAGACCUUCCCGUUGGGGACAAUCUUCAAGAUCACCAAGCGUAUGCACUUUAUUCUAAAAUAAACAGGUCAAUAGGUUUAACACCAACACUGAUGACAAGUUUUUGGACGUUCAUUGAAUAUCAACUGUUCGGCUCCGGACCACUUACCACUUCCGGUAUCGAAGGUUCGGCUUUCAUUAACACCGACAAUACAAGACAAGGUAAAACGUAUCCUGAUCUUCAGACAUCAAUAUUCAGUGCUAUAUUUAACUUAAGCCUUUUAAAUUUGAAUAAAAAUAUUAAGAAGGAUUAUGAAGCAUGGGGCGAAAAUGUUGAUGGAUUUUCGUUCGUCAUAAUAAAUACUCACCCGAAAAGUCGCGGAACUGUGAGACUUCGCAGUAACGACCCAUUCGAUCAUCCUAUUUUAGAUCCUCGCUAUCUGCAAGAACAAACCGAUGUAGACGAUUUAAUAGCUGGAAUAAGAGUAUGGGAAAAGUAUAUUGAAACACCUACAAUGAAAGGACUUGGAUGUAAUGUCGAUGAUAUGAGGAAAUCAUUUUGUUUGCAACACGAGUUCCGGUCCGAUGCAUACUGGGAAUGUAUGAUACGAUGUUUGGCUGUUACAGGGUAUCAUAUAUGUUGCACAUGCAAAAUGGGUGCUUUAGAUGAUCCCACUGCCGUUUUAGAUCCGUCCUUACGUGUAAAGGGAAUAAAAGGACUUCGUGUUGUUGACUUAUCAGCAUUUCCUAAUGUCACUGUCGGAAAUACUAAUACUCCAACAGUUAUGUUGGCAGAAAAAGCUGCAGACCUGAUUCGUGGGAUGGACUCAGUUACACAUAUCAGACAGAAACUACCAGAUGAUGUUUAG